AUUGAUCCCAGACCGGGCGGUGAGGAGCUGUGGGGGAUUUCGUCCAGCCUCCUCUCACGCUUGUACAGAGUUGUUUAGUGGCUGUACACAAACAGACGGACGGCACCGACCUGUUGCGAAGAAUGUGACAGGAUUUUUUUUUUUGUGUAAUUGUAGAACCUUGUCGCCAAACUUGGGCACAUUUUCGUCUCUGUAACUGUGUUAAAGAAGUCAUGGAGCCUAUAACAAAGUGGACGCCAAAGCAAGUUGUCGACUGGAUGAGAGGUUUGGAUGACAACCUGCAGCAGUAUGUGAGCAACUUUGAGCGGGAGAAGAUCAGUGGGGAGCAGCUACUGAAGAUCACACAUCAAGACCUGGAGGAGCUUGGCGUGGCCAGGAUUGGACACCAGGAACUGGUGUUGGAGGCUGUCGAUCUGCUCUGCGCUCUGAACUAUGGGGUAGAGACGGACAACUUGAAGAAUCUGGUUGUGAGAAUGAGAGCUGCCACCAACAGUCUACACAUGGCCACAUCUGAUCGCAGGAAAAGCCCCGCGUACGAUGGCAGUUCCUCACGCAAGCCACCCAAUGACUUCCUCACCUCUGUGGUGGAGCUGAUCGGCGCUGCCAAGAGCCUCCUGGCUUGGCUUGACAGGACGCCUCUUACAGGGAUCAGUGACUUCACAGCCACCAAGAACAAGAUCAUUCAGCUGUGCCUAGAGCUCACCACCACAGUUCAACAGGACUGCAGUGUUUACGAGAUGGAAGAGAAGAUCCUGGAAGUUUCUAAGAUUUUGAACAGCAUCUGUGAUCAGACCGUGAGAACUACCUCUGACCCCCUGAUGAGCCAGUCGGCCUGCUUGGAUGAAGUCCAGCUGACUAAUAUCAAACCGGGAGAGGGUCUGGGGAUGUACAUCAAGUCUACCUACGAUGGGUUACAUGUCAUCACGGGAACCACAGAACAUUCACCAGCAGACCUGACCAGGAAGAUCCAUGCUGGUGAUGAGGUGAUCCAGGUCAACCAGCAGACAGUAGUGGGCUGGCAGCUGAAAAACCUGGUUGUCAAACUGAGGGAGGACCCCAAUGGUGUGGUUCUACUCCUUAAGAAGAGGCCCACAGGCACCACAGGUUUCACCCCCGCCCCGCUCAAAAACAUGCGCUGGAAGCCCCCAGUACCACAGAACAAUUCCUCCUUGACCAAAGCCCAGUCUCCCUGCAGCUCAGCUAACGGAUCAACCAAAAAGGAGAAGCCUGCUAUCGUGGACUUGUACAUCCCCCCUCCCCCUCCAAUGCCAUACACGCCACGAGAGGGGAGAACAGACUCCUCCUGCAGCAUUAGUAAAAGACCAAAGGGCUCUGAGUCACCCAACUUCUAUCUGGACCAGGAGAGCAGAAGACGAUGCCCCGUUGCAGAUUAUGACCAGCAAAGCUUUGGCUGUCCCAUCGAGGCCAACGUGAUCCAGCCCAGAAUGAGGGAGCACAAGAACUUGCAUGGGAAGCCCCGGCCCCUCUCCAUGCCAGUGGACACCUGUGUUGGAGUGGUAGAUCCCUAUGCUAAGCCCUGGACACAGGGAAGGAAAGGUGAAGACCUCCUGUACAGAUACCUGAGCAAUGAGAGGAUCCCCACUAUUGCAGAGGAGGUCCCCUCAGUGUCUCCUCCCUACAGGCUUGCAGGGGAACGUCAUCUCGUCAGAGUGGACCACAUCAGGGGCAGCCGCUACUACUCCAACUCAGACCUCCACAACAGCGCCACCAUCCCUUACCAGGAGGACAUGAAAAAGGCCCCCAUAGGCCCCGCCUCCAAGCGUGCAACAGCAGAACCCUCACUACUGGGACCUGACUGGCACUCUAGCAGUGACUUCCUCAACCGGUAUAAUCAACCACAAAUACGAUCCUGGUCCUUCUCUCAAGCAGCUGCCUUCCCUAUAUCAGUGCCCCCUUCUAUGGCUGCCGAUGACUACAACCCUGUCUCCCUCCGACACAAAUCCAAGAAGACGACUCGAGGAGGCAAUGGUACGAUGAGCAGAAGACGAAUCUCGGUCAAAGAGUUGGGUCAACCAGACCACCAGGGCUGGCUGUACAGAAAGAAAGAGAGCAAAGGCUUCCUGGGUAUAAAAUGGAAGAAGUUCUGGUUUGUGCUGAAGAAGACGGCUCUCUACUGGUACAACAACCAGCUGGCAGAAAAGGCUGAAGGCUACAUUGACCUCGCCAACUUCAUGAUCGACAGAGCCAUAGAGUGCAAGAAGAAACAUGCGUUCAAAGCGUGCCACCCACACGUCAUGAUGUUUUAUUUUGCUGCUGAGAGCCACGAGGAGAUGAACGUAUGGUUGAAUAAGCUUGGACUAGCCGCCAUUCACUAUGCGCCGACAGAACCAAACACUGCCGUCGUGUGUGAUGCAGAGUGUUAUAGUGAAGCCAGUGACCAUGAAGAAGCUGAAAGCACAGAGAUUCCCCCUCCACCAUACUGUGAACAAACCCUGCGGGACUCCGUGGAUACGUCCGGUCCACCUGGAAGCACACAUCAGGGUACCCUUCCUCCCCCCUACUCCUCCGCGGUCCCCAGCGAAGCCAACGGUUCGCUCUCGUCUCCCGUCAGUACGAUGACAUCACAGAGCUCCACCUCCUCACUUGCCAAGCACCGGCAGUCCUGGUUGGACCUGGUCUCGCAGGCAUCCGCUCCCACCGGGGAAACAGCAGUUGUGUGCUCAGUUCAAGUACACUCACAUCGACCUCCGCAAAAGGAAAAGGAAGAAAAGGAUGACUCCCAGGUGUCGGAGGGCUCGCUUCAACCGGACCCUCCUGAAGCGGGAUCCAGUGAGAAAAGCCCUGCUGCGGAGGGGCAGUCACAAGAGGUUGUUUCAGGUGCUGAAAAUGAAGAGGGUCAUGGGAACAGUUCAGAUGAGAUGGAGAAGCUGUAUAUUCGUCUAAAAGAGGCCAGCCUCUCGCCACUAGGAGAUCGGAAACCAUCCACGAAAAGGGAAUUUAGAGCCUCCUUCAUAAAACGCUGUAAAAACAACACUGUCAAUGAUAAAUUGCACCUUAUUAGGACUCUCAACAGCACAUUAAAGUCAAAAGAGGCAGACCUACAGGCAAUAGAGCAGGUGUUAUCGGACCCGGGGCUUACCUCAGGCAAGUUCAGGGAGUGGAAGGGGGCCAAUGUACCAUUGGUUCAGGAUAUCCGUACUAAACAGGACCAGCAGGUGGCAUCAAAGGCCACAAAAGCUGCAGCAUCAGUCAUUGCUGCCCCGGUGGUCGAGACCAGUUUAUAAAGACUCCUCGUGACUGGUGUCUGGACUUGGAGGACUUAACAUUUACAUACUUUGGACACACCCACUGCUGUUUUCAAUUGAGACUACUGUUCGAUGUCAGCGGACUUAAGUGCUAUUCAACAAGUAACUGGAUCAAUGAAGAAGAGUGUUUUUUGUUCCUAAAUGGAGAUGAUGCGGACAUUAUAUGAUUAGCAGGUCACAUUAAAAUGUGAAAUAUCUUAGUAUUACUUUAACUGUUUGUUUUGUAAGAUCACAUUUUACAGGUGAUUGUUUUACGUUGUAAUUUUAUAAAUCUGGAAAAUUGUUUUAAUAUUUGGAAUAGUGGAGUAUGUUGUAAUAAUUAUUCCAUUUUUCUUUGCAUGGAAACUUUUGUGUUUACAGUAGUUUCAAUCUACUUUGAUUUAAUCAGUGAACACAUUUUAACUGUUAUCAGUCAAAUAUUGUUGCCAUGCACCAUCACUGCCUGUUACACAUGGUUUUUACAGCAACUGUUGAUGAAUUGAAUGAUUGGCGCGUUUGUUUGCCCAAGUAAUUGUAUCAUCAUGUGUCCUCAUACUACAUCAUUAAGACUUUCUAAACUGAACACCAGGGCCUGCACUAACUGAAUAAACAUUGGUCAAGUCAUGAUAAUUUCAGAUU